UCGAGGAAACGGAUCUACUGUAAGUCAGACAAGUGCUGACUGGCACACAGACGACAUGGAACCACAAACACACACAUAUUAACACUGGCAGUGAGACAUCUGCAGAUAAACACACUCAACAAACAACAGUUACACAGCGGAAGACACGACUUCCUCAAAAAGACACGACAUACACUUCAGAAACAUCUCAGACUGCAGAGGGUGCACGAUGGAGGCGUUCAGCUCGAAGGACAUGGCCAUGAAGGCCCAGAAGAAGAUCCUGAGUCACAUGGCCAGUAAGUCCAUGGUUCACAUGUUCAUCGACGACAACAGCAGUGACGUUCUGGAUGAGCUAUACCGCGUCUCAAAAGAGCACACAGGAAACCGCACCGAGGCGCAGAAGGUGGUGAAGAACAUGAUCAAAAUCGCUGUGAAGGUUGGCGUUCUGUUCCGACACGAGAAGUUCAGUACAGAAGAGCUGAGUCUCGCACAAGACUUCAGGAAAAAGCUCCAUCAUGGAGCCAUGACGGCCAUCAGCUUCCAAGAGGUGGAGUUCACGUUUGAUAAAACUGUAAUGAUGGAGCUGCUGUCAGAAUGUCGUGAUUUACUGCUGAAGCUGGUUGAGAAGCACCUGACGGCGAAGUCUCUGGAUCGCAUCAGACAUGUGUUUAAUCAUUACUCUGACCCCGAGCUCCUCACACACCUGUAUGACCCGCAGGGGACGCUCAAAGAUAAUCUCACAAAGAUCUGCGGCGGACUCAACCGUAUGAUAGAGGAGGGCAAACUCUGAACACACAACACGGACACUGAACAGACAGAGCGGUCACAGAUGAAACUGUAUCAGCAUGUUGUCAUUUUGUUUCUACACAAAAUGUUUGUUUGUUGCAAAUAUUCAUAUGUGGUGUAGAAAGGCUUGAAAAAACUUGAAAAGAACAAAGACACACUGAUGUCAUUUAUGCCUGAAUUGAGUUGUCAUUAAAAUGAAGACACAGCUUGUUUAGACCCAAACCAAAGAGAACUUAUGCAACACUGGACUUAUUUGUACAGUUCUAUUUACCAGUAAAGGCCAAGAAAAUAAAUAUUUUCCAUAUAA